AUUGAAAGGAGCUGGUAAAUGCUGCUGAAUUGAAGAGACCUUAACCCAAUUAUUUCUGAAUGGUGUGUGAAUGCUGCAGGCGGGGAUGCCAUUAUUAAAUGGCAUUUGCUGUUUAAUAAAAAAAAUACCCUAUGCCCAGGAGACUCCCCAGCGCUGGCCAAUGGGAAAUUACCAUGCAUCAUGUCACCAGCGGCUUGGAUUUAUAUCUUUUAGGGUGACAUACUAUUGGCUGCUAGUUAGGCUCUAUGGGAGGGAUUACUGGCACCGUUUGUGGCUUCCCCUUCAGGUCCUUAUUUGGUAGCUGUUGAUAGAGCAAGUCUUUCCAGCAGCUGAGCAUCUUGACAUACAUUAUUCAUUAAGUGCUGGUGUUCAGGAAAUAUGCAUAUCCCUAGCUCUUCAGAUAUUUCUUCAGCUCAUACAAUAUGUCUCUUCAGCGUUGCCUCUGAAUGCUUGGAGUUUUACAAAUGGCAUUUGUACAAUCGGAAGACCACGCGGUUGGAUUUCAUUUCGGUGUGCCUCCUGUGCACACAGUUGCUGAGAACCUGAAGAUCAGCAACGAGAAUUAGAGAGAAAAGAAGGAAUCUUUCUUCUUGGAAGUCUUUUGCAGUAUCAGCAAAGAACUGAUUAGCUUAGGUUGGUAGUAUCGAAAAACAAACAAACAAAAAAAAUAAAAAUGCCUGAGGCAAACUAUUUGCUCUCAGUUUCCUGGGGCUACAUAAAGUUCAAGAGAAUGCUGAACCGGGAGCUAACACACCUAUCUGAAAUGAGCAGGUCAGGCAACCAGGUCUCAGAAUAUAUAUCAAACACUUUCUUAGACAAACAACAUGAAGUUGAAAUUCCGUCUCCGGCACAGAAGGAGAAAGAGAAAAAGAAGAGGCCGAUGUCCCAGAUCAGUGGAGUCAAAAAGCUCAUGCACAGCACCAGCCUAACUAAUUCUAGUAUUCCCCGAUUUGGAGUUAAAACAGACCAUGAAGAGAGUCUUGCCAAGGAACUAGAAGAUGUGAAUAAAUGGGGCCUCCAGGUUUUCAGAGUAGCUGAGUUAUCAGGAAACAGACCUUUGACAGUCAUCAUGCAUACCAUUUUUCAGGAACGGGACUUGCUAAAAACAUUUAAGAUUCCAGUGGACACUUUAAUAACUUACUUAAUGACCCUUGAAGACCAUUACCAUUCAGAUGUGGCAUAUCACAACAACAUACAUGCUGCAGAUGUUGUUCAGUCAACCCAUGUCCUGCUAUCAACACCAGCAUUAGAGGCAGUGUUCACUGAUUUGGAGAUUCUUGCAGCAAUUUUUGCGAGUGCGAUACAUGAUGUAGAUCAUCCCGGGGUUUCAAACCAGUUUCUUAUCAACACAAAUUCUGAACUUGCCUUGAUGUACAAUGACUCAUCGGUACUGGAGAAUCAUCACUUAGCUGUGGGCUUCAAGCUGCUGCAGGAAGAAAAUUGUGACAUUUUCCAGAAUUUGAGCAAAAAACAGAGGCAAUCAUUGAGGAAAAUGGUCAUUGACAUUGUACUUGCAACAGACAUGUCUAAGCAUAUGAAUCUGUUGGCUGAUUUAAAAACUAUGGUUGAAACCAAAAAAGUGACCAGUUCUGGUGUCCUACUUCUUGAUAACUAUUCAGACAGAAUUCAGGUUCUUCAGAAUAUGGUGCACUGUGCAGAUCUAAGCAAUCCAACUAAGCCACUUGAUCUCUACCGCCAAUGGACAGACAGAAUUAUGGAGGAAUUUUUUCGUCAGGGAGAUCGGGAAAGAGAGAGGGGAAUGGAGAUAAGUCCCAUGUGUGAUAAGCACAAUGCAUCUGUAGAAAAAUCACAGGUGGGUUUUAUAGACUAUAUUGUUCAUCCUCUGUGGGAGACAUGGGCAGAUCUUGUUCACCCAGAUGCCCAGGAAAUCUUAGAUACACUGGAGGACAAUCGAGAAUGGUACCAGAGCACAAUCCCUCAAAGUCCUUCUCCUGCAGCUGAUGACCAGGAAGAGAGCAAGCAGACCCAACCUGAAAAAUUCCAGUUUGAACUAACACUGGAGGAAGAUGGUGAGUCAGACACAGAAAAGGACAGUGGAAGUCAAGUAGAAGAAGACACCAGCUGCAGUGACUCUAAGACUCUUUGCACCCAGGAUUCAGAAUCCACUGAAAUUCCUCUUGAUGAGCAAGUAGGGGAAGAAGUGGAAGAGGAGGAGAAUCAGACAGAACCUUGUGUGGUAGAAGACCAUACUCCUAACACGUAGCAAGGAGGAUGCAGUCCUUUCUCUCUUGCUCUCUUCCUUUCUUCUCUUUUCUUUCUUUUUAUUUUCAUUUUUCUCUCUUUUUUUUUUUUUUUUAAUUGGGUAAUGGAUUUUGGAAUGUCAUCAGUAGCCUAUGUCAUAUGACAUAGACUACAAUCAUAGUCACAACUCAGUGUCAUCUCCAGGAAUGUUUGUUGAUCAAAACUGAUGUUGAUGAUUCAGUUUGGCACUCAGGAAUAUUGAAAAAGAAAUUUUCACCUGCAUGGCAUCAGAAAGCAGGGGUGGGAACAUCCAUAAACUACAUCUUCAUAAGCUUUCCAUUUGUGAGGUAGGAUUAAAUACAGCAAAUGUUUUCAGAGGAGUAGCAGCUGUCGACCGAAUGCUAAUAUGCUUUGAUAGUUUUUGAAUUCAAGCAAAGCAUUGGAUAAUGUUUCUCACGAAAGGAAACAGAUAAAAAUAAACUGAGGUUCCUACUGGAAAACAAAUGUCAUAAAUAAUGAGACACAACAUGAUACUGUUACCAACAGGAAGAUGAGCUAUGAAAAUUGCAAAAUUUUUUAAUUUUGUGAUUUUGAAUCUUCCUGAUUGUGAUUGAAAAAAGUGUGACCCAGUGGGUUGCACUAAUCUCUGCAUUUUGUAUAUUAUGUAGAAGAGAGGCCUUUUGUAGAGCUUACUUUUAUUAUUAAUUAUACUGAGGUAUUAUAUUUAAAGAAAAACACUUUCAGACUUCAUCUGCCACUUUUUUUUUGUUGUUUUGUUGUUGUUUGUUUUGU